AUGAGCUUUUAAACCACAGAAGAGAGACUAAUGGAUUCACCAAAAAGGACCGAAAGUACAGAUAUACACUCUGACAGUUAAAAAGUUAAGAAAGAAUUGAAUUCCUUUUUUUUAGGGGUUCAAUAAACUUCUAAAGUUACAAGGAAGUAUAUUGACACUAAAACACAUGGGAUAUAGUUAUAUUACCAAGAAUUCACUCCUUAGUUUAUUGAUGCUUAAGUAAUAAUUGUGCAUGGAUUUGGUGAACAUUCAGGAAAUUACAAUCAAUUGACUGAUUCUUUUUUACUCAAUAAUUUUAAAGUUCAUCUUUAUGAUUAAAGAGGUUUUGGAUUUUCAGGUGGAAUAAGAAGUAAAUCUACUAUAGAAGAGAUGCAUAUGGAUCUUGAAACCAUUUUAGACUAAGUUGAUAAAUCAAUACCAUUGUUCAUAUUUUCUCACGCUUUGGGAGCAGCAAUUGUAAUCAGUUUUUGCUUGAUGAAUCCAUAAUUUGAAAUACAAGGACUUAUUUGCAGCAGUGCUCAAUUUAGAGUACCACCAAGAUAUGGAAGAAUAAAGAUGAUCACAUUACAGAUGAUGGCUAAAGUAUGUCCAGAUUUAUAGCUUAAUACUUAUCAUAAUUUAUCCUUUGCAUCCAAAAAUAACCAUCAUAUUAGAAAAUUAGCAAUAGAUCCUUUAAUUAGCCCCUUCAUGAGCAUCCAAUUUGCUUUGAAUGUGCUAUAAUUUUAAUAAUACAUUUUACCUAAUGCUAGUUAAUUUAAAAUUCCUAUCUUAAUAUUACAUGGUAAGCAAGAUAAGAUCUCUUCGCAUCUAGACUCAGUAGAUUUUUACAUGUAAAUUCAAUCCUAAGAAAAAACAAUGAAAAUAUUCGAAUAGGGUUUUCAUGAAAUGCAUAAUGAUUCUGAAUGGCCAAAGAUGAAGACAGUUAUAUCUUAAUGGUGUUAAAAAAUGAUUAAUAAAGAUAUCAAAAUGAAUUACUUGAAGGAGUACAAUCGAGGUGUCAUUGUCUAACAAUAUAGAUCUAAAAUCAGACUUUUAAUUUCUAUUCUUUUAAUUGUAAUAAGAAGAAAACUUUCAUGCUUGAAGGCCAGUACUAAAAUAAGUUUAAUAAUAUUUAUGGAAUUGUUGCUCAGAUUAUUCACACCUCAGUGA